ACAUUUUUAUUCCAUAUGUAGACCGAUUUCCUCCAUGUGAAGUUGAGGUGAUGGUUCCCCAAGGCACGACGUGGAAAGCUGUCCCCCAACAGCGUCUGACAGUCAGCUGUCCCGUCAAACACUGUGGACAAUCACAGGAUGUUACCUGGUGUAAACUGCUUGACACACACACAUGCAAACAGAUCAAUAAUUAUACAGAGAAUGUAGAAAUAACACAGAGUGACACACACAAGGACGAACUGAUCUCAUAUUUGACUUUCACACGGAUUUCCAUUCAUGACGGCGGCCUGUACACAUGUCAGUUUAAAGGAUCCAAAUAUGAGGAGAUCAGUCACAUGAUCAACAUCUCAGUUUCAGAUUUACACAAGGGUGUUGAAUACUUUGGGAAUAAUGCAGAUUCAAGCUUUUGGAUGAAACACUCUGACAGUAAUGCAGAUAAACUACCAGACGUUGCUGUUCAGGACAAUGUGUCCUGGCUGCCCUACUUCAUCAUCUGUAUUAGCAUUGCUCUUGUGGUCAUCAUACUGACAGUGUUUACCCUCCUGAGUUUUUAUGGCCCCAAACAAAUUCUGACCUACAACCAUACCAAGGGAAAGGAAAUGUCCAUUCAUAUGAUACCCAACCUCCCCAAGGGGAAUCCUCCAUCCCCUCAUGUGUUGCAAGGCCAUUUUUCCAUUCUGAAUGAUGUCUACUCUUCAAGUACUGCAAACAGACCACCAUCGCAGCCUCCACUGAUGAUCAGUGGAAACCAGCUUGCUGUGGAAAACACAACAGAUGAAAGUCAAGGGUCAGACCAUGCAGUGUAUGCUGUCAUUAGCCACCAACGGCCUGGGAUACCUGCUAAAGAACAGCAUGUUGCAAACAAAAAUUCACAAUAUGCUACCAUCAAUGUUCCCUGAGCAUUUUAGCGUCGCCACAGACACAUGCAGAUGACAAAAUGGAUGGAAAUAUGUAUGUGAUGGUAUCAUGGAACAGGCAGAGAAGCUUUGCGAUCAACACUUGGUAGGAGGUGAAAGGAGGCUUGUGGUCACGCAGAUGCACAGCACAGUUAUCUAAAAUCAACCAGGCUAGACCAGAAGCAGCACUGACUCAACUCGAUCACUUUUGAAUUUGACUUUUUUUGACUUUGACUCUUGUACAGACUUACUGAAAAUGUAUUGUACAUGCUGCCUGUUUGAAGACUGACAUUUGGGAGACGUCUAUAUUUUUGUAAUAAAGAAUUUUAGCAUUGCA